AUGGCGAACCAAACCCCCGCCGUUGUCAUGGACAACGGCACGGGAUUCUCCAAGCUCGGUUUCGCCGGUAAUGAUUCUCCGUCCUUCGUUUUCCCGACCGCUAUCGCCACGAAAGGUCCUACCGGGGGUAGCGGUGGUUCCGGGUCUGGUCGUCCGGCUGUCGCGAACAAGCCUUCGUUUCUUACUGGAGGUGCUGGCCCGGGUGGUCACUUGAGCUCGAAACGAGGAACCGAGGACCUUGACUUUUAUAUUGGCGAUGAGGCAAUUAGCGCUGCUUCGGGGCCGGGAUACGGCCUUCACUACCCUAUUCGACACGGCCAAAUAGAGAAUUGGGAUCACAUGGAACGAUUCUGGUCAAACUCCAUCUUCAAGUACCUGCGAGUCGAGCCUGAGGAUCAUUACUUUUUACUGACCGAGCCUCCCCUGAAUCCUCCGGAGAACCGAGAGAACACGGCCGAGAUUUUCUUCGAAUCAUUCAACUGCGCUGGCAUGUACAUUGCCGUGCAAGCUGUGCUCGCUCUUGCUGCCUCCUGGACAUCCUCUAAGGUUACCGACAGAUCCUUGACAGGUACCGUCGUUGACUCUGGAGACGGUGUUACUCACGUCAUUCCCGUCGCCGAGGGCUAUGUGAUUGGAUCGUCUAUCAAGUCCAUCCCGAUUGCCGGUCGAGAUAUCACCUAUUUCGUGCAGUCGCUGCUUCGAGACCGUGGCGAACCCGACUCGUCGCUCAAGACGGCUCAGGACAUUAAAGAGGAAUACUGUUAUGUGUGCCCGGACAUUGUCAAAGAAUUUGCCAAGUACGACCAGGAUCGAGAGCGAUUUGCCAAGCACGUCGUCACCCAUCCCGGAGGCCGCCAAGUCAGCGUCGACGUCGGAUACGAACGAUUCUUAGCUCCCGAGAUCUUCUUCAACCCAGAAAUUUACAGCUCCGACUUCCUCACGCCUUUGCCCGUUGUCGUCGACGGAGUCAUCCAACAAUCGCCCAUUGACGUGCGCCGCGGCUUAUACAAGAACAUCGUGCUGUCGGGAGGAAGUACCCUUUACAAAGAUUUUGGCAGACGGUUGCAGAGAGAUAUUAAGCAUCUUGUAGAUGCCAGAAUUCGAGCAAGCGAGGUUCGUAGUGGAGGUGCCCGUAGUGGAGGACUCGACGUUCAAGUUAUCACCCAUAAGCGACAACGACACGGCCCAUGGUUUGGUGGCAGUUUGCUUGGACAAACUCCGGAAUUCCGAUCUUACUGCCACACCAAGGCAGAGUAUCAAGAAUAUGGACCGAGCAUUGUGCGGAGAUUUGCCUUGUUGGGGGGACCUGGAGGCUCAUAA